AUGGCUCAGAACGAAGAGGCUAAACCUGAACUCACUGAAAAGCAAAAGAGAAAGAUUGAAAAGGAUCUUAGAAGAAAAAAAUUUUCUGAUAUUGUGAUUCAAGGUACGAAUGAUUACUCAAUUGUUUCGAAAAGAUCUGUUGAAAAACUAUACACAUCAGCUCUCAAUAAAUCUGCUCAUGGUCAAUCACCGCCUGAGUACUUCAAGCACUUUGUGAAAAAGUUCCAAAGAAGAUCUCCAACUAUCAAUAGAGGUUACUGGACUCGUAUGGAAUCCAUCAAACAAUCAACAUUUAAAAUCAUCCAAAAUGCAUUAUCACAAGAGAAAAAGGUGGUUAUCAUCAAUCUAGGUGCUGGGUAUGAUCCUUUAGCUUUCCAAUAUUUAGAUCCUCAAAAUCCUGAAAACUCUAAACAUUUGGGGAAACUUUCUUUUGUUGAUGUUGACUAUCCUGAUUUGAAUAAGAUUAAAACACAGAUGAUCGACAACUCAAACGAACUCAAAGAGAUCAUAGGUGAGAGGAUACGAUCUUCAAUUGAAGGUGUUGAGCUAAAAACCAAAAAUUACACUGUUCUGUCUUGUGAUCUUAAGAAUAUAGAUCUUUUCUUGAAACAAUUGAGAAGUUUGGACUUAGAUAGUGAAAAUGUCACAAAAAUCUUUAUUGCAGAAGUUUCAAUUGCUUAUAUGUUACCAAAGUUUGCAGACCCUGUGAUCUCAGCAACUUCAAAGCUCCCAGAUUCACAUUUUCUAUGUCUCGAGCAACUUCUUCCUGCCGGUGAAUAUCAAGGAUUUGGUAGGACAAUGCUUUUCCAUUUCAGCAAACUGAACUCCCCUUUAAAUUCGGUAUCAACAUAUCCAACCAUUCCUUUACAGAUUGAAAGAUUCAAAUCCUGUGGCUAUCCAGCAGCAGAAGCUACUGAUCUAAUGGGAUUUUGGAACUCACUUUCGAAAGAUCUUCGUAAAAGAGUGGAAGAGAUUGAAGCAUUUGAUGAAAUGAAAGAAUUCAUUCAUUUCGCUCAACAUUAUAUCAUUCUCCAUGCAACCAACUCCAACUUCACACUACUUGAUAAAAAUAUCCAAGUACCAUUUAAUGCUGAAAAGUCUGAACUCCAUUUGGACUUUAAACUUCAAGAUAGGAUUCCAAAUUUGGAAAGAAAAUUUCCAGCUGCAACUGUUUCAAAAGAUGGCACAAUACUACUCAAUGGGGGUGCUUCAAUAUCACGUCUAAAAAGCACAAUGGUUGGUUCAAAGCUUGAGAAUUCGUGGGAAAUCGAUGACACUCAGCUGUCGCCUAGGAUGGCGCACUCUUUGGAUCAACUAGAAGAUGGUAGUUAUUUAAUAGUUGGUGGGAGACAUGCACCAAAUAGACCGCUGUCAGAAUGUUCUGUACUGAAAGAACAUGAUGGGUCGUUCAAAUGGAUAGAAAGUCCACCAUUACCAGAACCAAGAUCUAGACACUCGACAUUCAGUGAUCAAAACAAUUUAUUUGUAUAUGGUGGUAAUUUUUCUGCAUCACCAUUCUUGAAAUUCCACAACAACAAAUGGCAAGCUAUGACUACACUUGGUGAAAUCGAUAGCAAAACUUCAUCUGCUGUUGCUUACAAUGGUAUUAAAGGUGUUAUCAUUGGAGGAAUGGAUGGAGACUACAAUAUCACAGACUCAUUGCAUGUUUUUGAAAUCCAAGGAAAUACUAUCAAUAUAGACUUCUGUAUUGAACAUCCUCUACUUUCAAGAUAUGGGGCUAAAGUUCAAUUCAUUUCAGAUGAUGUUCUACUAUUAAUUGGUGGUGUCAGUGAUAUGAUGUUACACAACCAGGAAACAACUAUCGUUGAAAUCAUUCUAUCAACGAAAGAGGUGAAGGCAGUUGAAAUCUCAGAUGAAGUUUGGGAACGUUUACCACUUCUUGUUGGUUUUGAAUUAUUGAAAUAUGAGGAUUCAUUAGUCUGCAUAGGUGGUGGUGAAGUCUGUUAUUCCUUUGGAUCAAUCUGGAAUGACAUACUUGUUCUUGGAAAGUCAAAAGUUCCAACCUUCAAAUUGCAGAAUACUUAA